GUCUAUAUAUUUAUGUGUAGACUCUACUUACUGCAUGUUAGUUGAUAGUUAGUUCAGACAGUCCAGUACUUACUACAAUUAAUAAAAAGUUUUUUGAUUUAUGUAUUUGUUUAAAUUAACUGUGGGUAUGAACUUUAAAAAUGAAUAAGAUAUUAAACUACAGUUAUUUGUAAUCGUAGGAUAUUGUAGUUAUCCAAUUGGCAAUUACCUAUAAUACAUUGCUGUGUUUUUCAUCAUGGAAAUUUAACUUGUAGUUAAUAAGAUCAGUAUGGAAUCCAUUUCAACAUCAGUUCCACCAGAUAUUCCAAACUCCGAUGACAGUAACUAUAAAUAUAUAGAUGGUGUAUGUUUUUACACAGAUCCAAGUACUAAGAAAGAGUAUACUUGGAAUAAGGAAAAAGGCACUUGGGCUGAAAAAGGCUUUGAAAACUAUGAAUAUGAUGAAAUUUGUAAAACAUACAAAUAUACCGAUAAACAAACAAAUAUUUCAUACUUGUGGGAUCUAAAGUCUAAUAAAUGGGAAGUACAAAAAAAGGAAUCCAUAAGUUUGGUAGAAGACAAAGAUUUUGAUGAUAAUAAUGAUGGAGAAGAAUUCGAUGAUGAUGAUGAAAAAGGAAGAACUCAGCGUACAGUUAAGCGGCAAGAUAUGAGUAAAGGAAAGUAUGGACAUGAUGGUAUUACUCAAACAUAUACUGAUCCAGCCGAUGGAACAGUUUAUAUUUGGGAUAGAGAGAAAAACGCAUGGUUUCCUAAGAUUGAUGAUGAUUUUAUGGCCCAUUACCAACUUAGCUAUGGAUUUAAUUCAACUGAUAGUUCUACUGUAAGUGUAAAUACUACAAACACAUUAAAAACAAAUACUAUUGGAGCUCAAAGUAAAGAAAAUCAAUCUGAAUCUACCUUGAAUGCUCCAGAUGUAGUGCUUGAACCUGAAAAAAGGAAACUCCCACAACCUUCUGAACCAAAUUGGUUUGAGAUCGAUGAAGAGCAUAACACCAAAGUAUAUGUCUCAAAUUUACCACUAGAUAUAACCGAACAGGAAUUUAUUGAUUUAAUGCAAAAAUGUGGAUUGAUCAUGAAAGAUAUUGACAGUGGUCAAAUGAAAAUUAAGCUUUACACUGAGAGAGGCACAGACAUUCUUAAAGGAGACGCUCUAUGCACAUAUAUAAAGAUAGAAUCAGUAGAUCUAGCAUUAAAGUUGUUGGAUGGUUACAUAUUUCGAGAUAAAGAGAUCAGUGUGGAAAAGGCAAAAUUUACAAUGCGUGGAGAAAAAUAUGACCCAUCAUUAAAACCAAAAAAGAAAAAGCGAAAAGAUAAAGAAAAGAUAAAAAAAAUUCAAGAAAAGUUAUUCGAUUGGAGGCCUGAUAAAAUUAUUGGUGGAAGAGGAAAACAUGAAAAUGUUGUGAUCGUCAAAAAUUUAUUUGAAAAAGAAACAUUUGACAACGAUGUAUCAUUACUUUUAGAAUACCAAAGAGAUCUCAGGGAAGAGUGUUCAAAAUGUGGUAUAGUGAAAAAAGUAGUUGUGUAUGAUAGACAUCCAGAGGGUGUUGCUCAAAUUAAUUUCAAGGAACCUGAUGCAGCUGAUGCUUGUGUGCUACUGUUAAAUAAUCGGUGGUUUGGACAAAGAAAGAUUACUGCUGAAACAUGGGAUGGGAAAACUAAAUACAAAGUCAUUGAAACACCUGAAGAAACUGAAGAGCGCUUAAAGAAAUGGGAAACAUAUUUAAUAGCCACUGGUAGUACUGAAAAGAAUGAUGCUCAUGAAUCUGAUAGUGACUCAGUAAAAACAAAAAGUGGAGGUGAAAGUGAUGAUGAAAUGUCAUCAAAUAAUCAAACUACAAAUAAUGAAAAUAAAGAUAAGUCAGAGUCAAAUUAGUCUUCUCCAGCAGGUAUGGCGUCUUCUAACCGUUUGUUGAACUUAAUUCGCAAUUCAGUGGCCAAAUCGCCUUUAAGUUGAUCUUGCACAAACCAACAAGACACAUCCAUUUGUACCUAAACACAACAACCAAUUAUAAUACUUAUUGUGUUUUGUAUGUACAAAAAUUAUUUGAACAUUAAUUAGUAUUGUCAAAAUAUAAAUUGUAUUUAUGCUCAACACAAUAAAGCGCUAGAAAAUAAUAUUAAUAACAUAUUUUCAUACAGUUUAAUGAUAUAAAGAAAAAUUGUUUUGUAUAAUUAUAUAAUUCUGAUGUAGAAUAAUAUUUUGUACCAAGUUCUAAAUAGCUUCUAAGUAGUAUUUUACUCAAUUGUGAAAUUAUUUUCAUGACAUUAGUCUUAUUAUUUAUACAACAUUUCUUCAACUGUCAUAAAUAAUAAGUAUAUUUAAAUUUAUUUUUUUUCUUAUACUAGUUUAGUAACUUCCAGUUUAAUUUUUUCACAUGAAAAUCAAAACAUUAAAAAUCAGCUACCAAGUA